AUGAUCACAACGCCUCUGGAGUCUGCUUUGAGAAAUAGUGUUUCAAAUCCAGUGUGGGAAAGCUGCGUCUCCGAGAGGAACGGCACUGCGAAAAUAAAUAAGCCAUUCCUUCACUUCUUGUCUCCUGCGGACCCUCAACGGCAAGCGAAUCGACUACCCAUCAAGGUUUUGAAAAUGCUUACAGCACGGACUGGACACAUAUUACACCCGGAGUAUCUCCAGCCUUUACCAUCGACUCCCGUCAGUCCCAUUGAGCUGGAUGCAAAGAAGAGUCCUUUGGCUCUUCUGGCACAGACGUGUUCUCAAAUUGGAAAGCCUGACCCACCGUCCUCUUCUAAACUUUCUACUGUCGCCUCAAAUGGAUCUAGUGACAAAGACUUAAAAUCAGGUCCGUUGAAAAUGAGUGACAUUGGGGUUGAAGACAAAUCCAGCUUUAAGCCAUAUUCAAAAACAUCGGAGAAGAAGGAAUCGGCUUCGGCUGUUUCGAGUGGAGAUAAGUCGGGUUUCCGUGUGCCUAGCGCCACCUGCCAGCCAUUUACUCCUAGGACAGGCAGUCCGAACUCUUGCACCUCUGUAUCGCCACUGCCUACCGACAACAAAACAGGGGGAGAGAGGGAGGACAAGAAAGACUCGGAUGCCAGUAAAACUAAUUCAUCCGAGGGAUCUGGGAACACUACCCACAGCAGGAUUAGCGGUAGUUCGGGAAUUAAUGGUGAGGCGAACCAGGAAACAGCAACUGGUUCAAAGUCGGCGACGUCCGACACAACCUCCGUAUCCUCGGCCUCAUCUGCUCUCGGGUCAGGACUCGUGGCCCCCGUUUCCCCUUACAGACCCGGCCACACUGUUUUCCCACUCCCCACUCCCGGAAUUUCAUACCCUGGAAGUUUAGCGGGUGCCUAUACGGGCUACCCUCAACAUUUUCUACCACACGGAGUGACUUUAGAUCCAACCAAAUCCAGCAGCCAGCUGUUAAACGCUCAGCUCGCCGCCGCUAGCUCACUUGGUAGUAAGGCUGGGACCAGCCCCAUGGCCGGUGCGUCUCCGCCAUCAAUAAUGUCGGCCAGUCUUUGCAGAGACCCGUACUGUCUGAGUUACCACUGCGCAAGUCAUCUAUCUGGCGCAGCUGGGGCUAACUGCUCUCAUGACUCCGCAGCCGCUGCUGCAGCGACGGCCCUCAAAUCUGGAUAUCCACUCAUGUAUCCAUCACAUCCUUUGCACGGCGUUCACUCUUCGUCACCCUCCUUUGCGGGACACCCGUUAUAUCCUUAUGGCUUUAUGCUCCCCAAUGACCCCCAGCCGCAUGUUUGCAACUGGGUUUCUGCUAAUGGACCUUGUGACAAACGCUUCUCUUCGUCCGAAGAGCUCCUUAAUCACCUGCGGACUCACACCGCUUUCGCCGGAGCAGAGAAGUUGAUAUCAGGAUACCCAAGCUCAUCCACACUGGCCAGCGCUGCCGCGGCUGCCAUGGCUUGUCAUAUGCAUAUGCCCCCCACUGGAGCUCCCGGUGGCCCGGGAACCCUGGCACUCAGGACCCCGCAUCACGCACUCGGGUUAAGCAGCCGCUAUCACCCGUAUUCGAAAAGCCCGUUACCAACCCCCGGUGCACCAGUCCCGGUGCCCGCAGCUACAGGUCCAUAUUAUUCACCCUAUGCAUUGUAUGGACAAAGACUUACCACAGCACCCGGACUUGGAUAUCAGUAGUGACUGGUGCAACGUUUAUAGAGGAGGAUGAAAUUAUAUGGCUUAAGAUUUUCUAUG